AAGUUGUCAUAAAAACACACUGACUUGUCUAUGGUUUGGACAGCUGCUAUAACCUUUAACAAAGGUUUGGAGAGAAAAUAAAGGUACAGCUUGUAGAUUCCACAAACACCAAGUAUGCAAACCUUUUUUAUACUAGUGCAUGUUGCACGAAACUUGGACUUGUUAUGAGCAUUUGAAAUGUUUAAAGACACAUUUUUAAAACCUCAUCACUAGGCGUUUGUCCAUUUAACUUUUAAUUGUAUUUUUUAUUUCCUAAAUUGAGUUCAUAUUUGAAUUUGUUUACUGACCUUAACGUUUUAAAUGCAUUUCUUUUUCUUUUCAUACGUCAUUUAUUACAGAGCAUAUUCUGAAACCAGGAAGUUUUUUCUGAUCUUCUUCCUGGACUUGUGUUAUUUUUUUGCUCUUUGGUCAUUUAAUCACAGCAGUAAAAUGUCAAAGCUGGAGUGACAUUUCAUCAAACAUACAAAUCCCUCACUGUCUCAGUGUGACAUUCUUCCUGUCAGGAUUUUGUUCUGUAAAAGAAGGAAAACAGAAUUGUCUCUGUGUCUUUUGGCUGACAGAGUGGGUGUCCUCAGAGAGCAGCUGAAUGAUGGAAGCAGCCCUCAGACACUUUUACUGCCUCCUUUAGUUUCAUUGCUCUAGUCUCUCCCUUCCUCUCUCCCCACUAGUGUUUUUUUCCUAUCAGUUGUUUACCCUGUCGGUCUAGUUUUGGAUGGCUAGAGGUGUUGAAGAUCAGUUUAACUUCCACACACGCACAUAUGCAUACACCUCCUGUCGUUUUAUAAACACCUACAGUCGUUACCAUUUAUACAGUCAAUGAAUAAAUUGACUGUUAUGAUGUGUGUUUGUACAACAAUCUCCAACUCAGUCGGUCAAUGAUGGCAGACAAUUGUUGUUGUCACGCUUCAAACAGAGGAAUCAGAUUUCACUGAAGUGUAAUCACAGGUAUAGUCUUACACCUCACUAUUGAAUGUAGCACCGACACAAAGAACCAGAGCCUAUUUAAAUUAAAAAUAAUCCCAUUUCUCAGAAAGUAAACCAGAUUUAGAGAUGCCCUGAAAAAGACAACCAUGAUUAAUCCACCUUUUAAGACAUCUGCAAGUUAAUUUGAUGUCUUAGUCACCCUAGCCAUAUCAGACUUGUUACUCCACUGCUGGGAUGUUAGUGGUGUUCCCCAGAGAUACAGGUUAGCUUGGAUGAAAAACAGGGGCGUUCUUUGUCAGCUGUGACAGGGACAAACAAGAAAAGGUGGGUUGUUGUAUGGUUUUUUUUUUAUGUUUUGUUUUCUAUGUUGCAGGGUGAAGGCUCAAGUGAUGAUUUGUAUUGUUUAGAACCAGUAAUCAAUACCCUCUUCAGUCUCCAGGCUAAGAAUUCUAUACUGGGUGUCGCUACAAUGCUGUAAAUGUGUGAUUGUAGCUGAUGUCUUGACGGAGGCCUGGGUGGAGACAUGACAGGAGAGAACAAGACAAACAAGUCCACAUCAAAACUACAAAACUAACUAAAUUUUUUCUGCAUGUUCUACUGCUUGUUUAAAAAUACUAUACAUAUAGAAUAUAACACUAUACAUAGCAGACUUUGUGACAGUGAUUAACUCCUUUCAUGUACGUAUGUGUUUCUUUAGUCCAAGAAACCUAUUGAACGUACCGGUAUUGUAAAAAUGGUUUUGUCUAUGUUUUCUCUGGAUCCUUCACUACUGUUUGCACACACCAGUGAGGGAAGCAACUUGACGCCAGCACAUCACUACCCUGACUUCCGCUUCAAGACCUACGCUCCACUGGCAUUCCGCUACUUCAGAGAUCUUUUUGGCAUCAAACCUGACGACUACCUGUACUCCCUGGUUAAUGAGCCUCUCAUAGAGCUGGCAAACCCAGGAGCCAGUGGCUCACUGUUCUACCUGACCAGUGAUGAUGAGUUUAUCAUCAAAACUGUCCAGCACAAAGAGGCCAGGUUUCUCCAGAGAUUGUUACCUGGCUACUACAUGAACUUGAAUCAGAAUCCACGCACCCUGCUGCCCAAGUUUUACGGCCUAUACUGUAUCCAGUCGGGAGGCAUCAACAUCCGCCUGGUGGUGAUGAACAAUGUUCUGCCCCGCUCCGUCAAGAUGCACUACAAAUACGACCUAAAGGGAUCGACCUACAAGAGACGGGCCUCUAGAAAGGAGAGGGAGAAAGAAUGUCCGACUUACAAGGACCUGGACUUUCAGGACAUGCACGAAGAAGGGCUGUACUUUGACGCAGAGACGUACAACAACCUGAUGAAGACGCUGCAGAGAGACUGCCGGGUUUUGGAGAGUUUUAAGAUCAUGGACUACAGUCUGCUCCUCGGUGUCCACGUCCUGGACCACACUCAGAGAGAGGAAGGCGAGUCAGGCCAGGCGGGGGGUGAUGGUAGGAGACCUGUAGGUCAGAGGGUUCUGUACUCCACCCCCAUGGAAUCCAUCCAGGGGGACGGCAAGGCAGCUGAGGCACUGAGCACAGAUGACACAAUGGGUGGCAUCCCUGCUAAAACACACAAAGAAGAAAAGCUGCUAAUCUUCCUGGGCAUUAUCGAUAUCCUACAGUCAUACAGGUUCAUUAAAAAGUUGGAGCACUCCUGGAAAGCUCUGGUGUACGAUGGUGACUCUGUGUCAGUGCACCGGCCAGGCUUUUAUGCCUGCCGUUUCCUCAAGUUCAUGAGCACACGGGUCUUUAGGAAGAAUCAGCCAAUUCGAUUUUCACCUUCAAAGAGGACACGCAAUUCAAUCCCAGCUCUGAAGUCGUCCUCCCAGGAGAUACUUUCAUCACGGACAGAUGAGAGGAAUGAGGAGGACAGGAGGGACAGGCUGGGCGGAGCCCGAAGCCUUGCCAGUCUGGACGGACAAGCUGUGUUUGGUUCCUACCUGCGUCCUGAUCUGGUUCCUCCCAAUCCGUCUGCCUAUGUGGGUUCCUCCAUGGGAACCAUCUCCAGUUCUUCCAUCUUUGUCUGUGUAGACAACCAAACAGAGGAGAGAGAGGAUGCUGCGUCCACCUCCACCUUCACCAUGGAGGACAGCGCCAUCUGCCUGACUAGGGAGCAGAGCACAAUGGAUGUGGACGUGGACCGUGAUGACGGAUCCAUCCUUGAUGUCUACUUGUGAGACGAGCAGCUUCUCAGCCUUCAAACUUGCCAAUCAUAAGACAAUCGCCGCACUCCAUUGGACUGGCCUUUAUCUCCACUUCCUGUGCUGCUUCAUCUGUAUUGCUAAUUGUUUUGCCAAAACACAAAAGGACUGAUAUUCUUCACAGAGAAGAGCGAUGGACAUCUGCAGGGGACAAAACUUCCUCAGAGCACGUGUCAGUGCAGCGCCAUUACGUUUUAUACAUGUGUCUUUUGUCCAUGUCAUUUCAAGACAUUUGAACAUACAACAGGAGAGAGCAAAUACCAGUCAUAGACAUUAAUGCAAUUAUUUUUCAUGGUGAUCAGUAAAUUAGAGAUCAUUUCAAUGAAGAUAAAUGUUUACAGAAAUAUUGUGAAAGCACCUUCUGUUGCCCAUGAAAGAGGAUGUGCCAGUGUCACAAAGAGGACACAAGGCCGCAUGAUGUCACACUCCACGAGGUGAAGGAAAUGCUGAAGAAAUGGCCAAACACACAUGUGGAAGUGUUUUAAAUGGUGUUUUUUCCUGACUGGGCUGAUAUUUGUGCUGCUCUGACACAAAGCUAAAGCUCAGCAGCAGGACUUUCAAAGACUUGAAUAACAAGUUACUGGCUCCAGGAUGAAGCAGAGAACAUGUGGAGAAAACACUUGUUCUCUGCAUAAAAAGGCACUUUUGAGGACUAUGAUGAUUACUUUAAGACUUUGUCUUUUCCCUGAGGACAGUACUCAGGUGGGUGAGGUGCCUGACAGAAGCACAGCUUUUGACAUUUAGACGUGCACUUUUCCUCCUCUUCUUUCUCUACGCUAUCCUCGAUGCUACAGUGUAGACACAAUGAAAGAACAUUCUAGAUAAUUUUCACUGUGGUUCUCAGACUUCUGCUCAGGAUCCUUUGAUUCGGAACCAGUGAAACGAAGAAGUCACCCGAUACCUCUUCAUUAAAACCUUGUUAAUUGUUCAAAUUCACAAUCACAUGUUGGUUUUAAAUGAUAAUUUAUGUAAAUCCUAAUAUUUUAGCAUUUACUGAAAGCAAUCUUUCUUUGUUCAAUGUAAAAACAAUGCAUAUUUAUAUAUAGAACAGACUGGUAUAAAUAAAGUGCUCAAAUCCUUUGAGUGUGACUGUAGCCUA